UGUCGAACAUUACAAAUCAAAACUGUGGAGAAGCGAGAAGUUGUAAACAUGUUGUCCAGUAUAAUACUGGUUACUUUGCUUGCGGCACAUGGCAUAGCUGAGGACGAUUUAGAUAAACUUUUCAAGGACUUCAAUGUUGUGCCCCAAAUAAUUGACGAAGCUCCAAAGGAAAAACUAAAGCUGGAAAUGGACAAUGGCCUAAUGGUGGGUGAUGGCAUUGAAUACAAACCUGCCGAUAUGGUUUCAGUUCCAAUUAUAGAUUGGCCCUCAGCUGACCCCAACAAAUAUUAUUCGAUUUACAUGGGAUGUCCAGAUGCUCCCGACACAAAGGAUCCUCGCUGGUCUGAGGCAAUUCAUUGGUUGGUCUUGAACGUUCCGGGUAAUCAAGUGGAUAAGGGCGAGCUAUAUUGUUCCUAUAUUGGACCUUUCCCACCCAAAAAUGCCGGAAUUAUGCGUUAUGUUUAUCUGGUCUAUGAACAACCAAAUAAAAUUGAUUUUGACGAAAAGGUUAUAGAUCCAGCCAAUGGAAAAGCCCAUAUGAAUUACAAAAUUAGGAAAUUUGCUGAAAAAUAUGAACUGGGUGCACCAAUUGCCGGUAAUUUAUAUCGCGCCCAAUGGGACGAGUCGGUACCGGGUCUACAUAAAAGUAUUAAUUUAAAAAUUGAUGACUAGACUUUUUGGCUUAUGAAAAUGGUGAUUGGUUCGGACACAACGUGUAUAUUUGUAGUUAUAGCAUAACUUGUAGUAAAUAAAUAUUAGUCCGCACGCACUUGGCAUUACACCAGAA